AUGAUCGAUUACUGCAAAGAGCUUGUUGCAUUUCUGAAAAGAACCGGUGCCGUCGCCGGCCUAAAGCACACCGUGAAUCAAGAAUGUGAUGUGCGAUGGAACAGUAAAGUCCUGAUGUUGGAAUCAAUCCAGAAACAAUACCAAGACAUCAGAGAGCUGCUACGGAGCAAAGACCAACAACAUCGCCUCGAUGGCAUUCACCAGGAUCAACUCGCACACUUGAUCGAGUUUCUCACCCUUUUCAAGUCAGCAAUCAGCGAGCUUGAAGGAGAACAUCACCCAACCGUUCAGAUGGUUCUGCUCUGGUUUUUCAAGCUGAAAAAACACUGUGAGCCCAAGUUUGGAGACCCACCUUACAUGAAAAUUCUCCGCUCUCGCACGUCUGCUCUGCUUGAUGAGAAGAUGCAUCCGACUGCUACUCACAAAAUCGCCACUUUUCUCCACCCGAAAUUUAAGUCGCUGAAAAUGCUGGCAGAAGAUGACAGACGAGAGGUGAUCAAGCAAGUUCGAGAACUUCUUCCAGAGGAAAGCGUCUGUGUCAGUCGUGAUGGAGAAGAAAACCCUGUCACCGAGCCACAAUCAGCAACAGAGCAAGUCCUUUAGGUGGAGCUGAUGGCGCAUCACCAAAAAAGAAGAGAAUUGACUUCGCAGAAUGGGAGGAGGACACACCUGUGCCCGUUGAUGAAGUAGACAAUUAUUCCUCUACAAACUUCCAUCUGGAAGGAUCAGCAGAGGAAAAUCUACUUUCCUUUUGGGGGACACAAGGACAAUCAUUCCCACGACUACAACACCUUGCCAAGAGAAUCUUAUGCGUCCCAGCAACAAGUGCUGCAAGUGAGCGCUCCUUCAGCGCAGCAGGGCGCAUUUUAGAGGCCAGGCGCUCUCGCCUGAAUCCUGGCACUGUAGAUGCCAUUUUAUUCCUACAUAGUGCGAAUAAAAAAAAAUUGUAAUUUACAUACGGUUGGAUAUGUUAAACAAAUUAGUCUACGUUACCUAGGCCAGUGGUUCUCAACCUUUUUUCAGUGAUGUACCCCCUGUGAAAAUGUCUUUAAUUCAAGUACCCCCUAAUCAGAGCAAAGCAUUUUUGGUUGAAAAAAAGAGAUAAAGAAGUAAAAUACAGCACUAUGUCAUCAGUUUCUGAUUUAUUAAAUUGUAUAACAGUGCUAAAUAUUGCUCAUUUGUUGUGGUCUUUCUUGAACUAUCCAUCCAUCCAUCCAUCCAUCUUCUUCCGCUUAUCCGAGGUCGGGUCGCGGGGGCAGCAGCCUAAGCAGGGAAGCCCAGACUUCCCUCUCCCCAGCCACUUCGUCCAGCUCUUCCCGGGGGAUCCUGAGGCGUUCCCAGGCCAGCCGGGAGAC